AGAAUUUGGACAAUGAUCGAUACCUUACUCGAAACAAUAGAAGGCAUUAGUGUUGUUCGGGGGGAAGCAUGCUCUGCUUCAAGUAGCAAAAGGAAGAACCAAGAACGUUUGCCGGCAUCGGUGGAGAAACUCGAGAACAAGAAGAUGGGUCGUCGACAAGACCUGAUUAUUACAAACAACGAGAUUAUUGAAAUGGGUGUCGGGGAAGAAAAAUCUGCUGACAAUAACACGAACAUGAUCCUGGAAAGAGGGUUGAAAUGUCCAAAGGCUAUGAAAGAUACCUUACUGCAACUAUAUGAAGUAAUCAAAUACAACAAAGAUUUGAUAAGUUCCCUGAACGUUGUUGGUCUUACAACCUUUGGACUUGAGCUAUACAUUGACAUCAUGGACAAUCCUGUCAACUAUACCUGCCGAAUAACCAGAUCUGAAAAACUCACCAUCCCUCAUAAUAUUGAAGAGCUACCUGAAAAGACUUUGCCAUUAUUGUCUGCAUUGUUAAGUUUGAGAUUACUUGUAUCGAAGAAUUCGUUGUUGUUGAAAACACGCCAAGAUACUAAGCAAGAGUUGAAGUCAUCCUUGAAGAGAGCAUUUAGUAAUGCUGAAGACAGGAAUAUCAUAUCAAAAAUUAGCUGUGCAUUAACACCUGAAGAGCAAGGUCGCUUUAAAUCACCUGGAAAAAAGGCGAAAAGAAAUAUAUCUUGACAUUUUAAGCUAUAAAAAUGAUUUAUAAAUAAAAUUUUCUAUUAUAAAUAUGUU